AUGAGCAACUAUCCUGGUCAAAAUAUUAUAAUUGAAUAUUUAAAAGAACGAGGUAGUAAAUCAACAUAUUGUGGAUUUUUGAAUUUUAACAGUGAUUUUAUCACUGCUUCAAUAUCACCAACAGACACAUGUGAUAAUCUUGAUACUGUUUGGUUUUAUCACUUUCUAAGGGAGGCAAAAUCUCUGUUUAAUCAGAAAACUUAUAUUGUAAUAAAAAAUAAGGUAAAUGAAGAACACUCUCGUUAUAUAAAAAAUCUGCAAAAUUUCUGGCAAAGAAUUAUUAAGGAAUAUAAAAAAGAAAAUUUAGUCCCUACUAUUACAUCUCACUUUAAUGAGACAUCUGAUAUAAAGUCAUCUGAAAUUUCUCAACCAGAUAGAAUUAUUAAAGAACACAAAAAGGAAAAUUUAGCCCCUGCUGUUACAUCUCACUUAAAUAAGACAUUAAAUAAAACAUCUGAUAUAAAAUUAUCUGAAAUUUCUCAACCAGAUUCUAAUGAAACUAAAAAAUAUGUUGAACAAAAAGGAAAGCUAAAAAGAGUAAGAGAUGAUAGUAAUACUGAUACAGAAAGUUUAUCUAAUGAGCACUGGAAGAAACAAAGUCAAAUUUUAAAACAAAAUAAGAAUAAUUUAGCAUAUGUCCAAGUUAUUGACAAUGCACUUCUUGUUGCUUCAGCAUAUGAGAGUCUUAUUGAAAAUAAUAUCAUACCUUUUAUUAAAAUUCUAAAAACUUCUUUGCUAUCAAGAUCACGAAUGUCUUUAUCAUCAGCAAAUGAACCUGUACUUCAAGCAAUUGUAGAAAAUCUUUUGCCAUUAAAAUACUGUAUCCCAGAACUUGCAUUAGUAACUAAUGGUAAAAAGCCAAAAGGCUCAGGUCAUUUUGGUUAUUCAGAUAUUUUUAUUUUAAAUAGUGAAGGAGAUAAUAAUGUUAUUUUAGAAUUGAAAUAUAUAUCAUUAGUUGGACUUAUUAAUAGUAAUCAGAAAAAUAAUUUUGGUGCAAAUGAACUUGAAAAUCUAGAUAAAAUACUUGAAAAGGAAAAUGAAGAAUCUGUAUUAAAAAGAUCAUAUACAUAUUGGUCAAAGGAAGAAAAAAAAACAAAUAUGACAACUAUAGGUGAAACAUUAAAUAAUGGAUUGAAUAAAUUAAAUUUAUACAUGGAAACAAUUUCAAAAGGAAAAGCUAAAAACUAUUCUAGCUCAGGAGUAUUUGAUGAUCGUGUUAAAAUAACAAAAUCUAAACCUAAUAAGUUAAAGGGAUUUGUUAUAUUAGUAAUUGGUUUUCGUCGUAUUUUAUGGAAAUCUGCUAAUGAAGUAACAACUAACCAUAUAUAUAAUAAGAUCUAA